UUUCAUGAAGUGAAUCAGAUUUUUUUUCAUGUUGUAAUUGUUAAAAAAAAUCUAGAUUUCAACAAUCACAUUGCCAGCGUCAGAGUCUGUUUACUCAGACUUCGGAGACUUAAAAAAAGAGGAGCAAGAACAUCUGUCGGAGUCUGUCAAAGAGAAUGUUAGGAGGGGCAGGAGACACAAAUGGCUAGAUAUGCAAAAAAACUUCAAAAAAAAAACAAAAACCAAAGAGGUCCAGUACAAGGCAGGGGAUGAAGUUCUUCUCCUUAAUGUGAGAAAGCGUGGGAGGAAAGGCGGAAGACUUCAACCCGACUUUACUGGUCCCUAUGUGAUAGAAGACAUCAUCGGGAAAAAGGUCACUCUCCGAUCUGAUGGAAAAACCUUGCAAACAACAUACAGCAUUGACCAUAUCAAGCCAUAUCGGAGGCCUGCAAGGGAAGUGAGCCGAAGCCCGAGCCCUCGACGAAGCCCGAGCCCACUCCAAAUCCCAAGCCCUCGACAAAGCGCACACCCACUCCAAAUCCCAAGACCAUCAGUAAUAAGGUUUGCCACAAAAUUGGAGUUGAGCCCUGUUAAGCUUCCACCCAAGAGUCUGCACAGCACACAAGAUGAAGGUGGCCCUAAAAAUAUUUGUUCUUGACCGUUUGGUCAUCUGUUGCCGGUUUGGCCAUCAUAACAGUUGGUCCAUGCUCAACCUUUAAGGCUGAAUGUUCGGAGGACAAAGGUUCUAGCGGAUGUUUGACUCCAUAAAGUACAUUACAUUUUAAUAGAACACAUUAAUUUCUAUGGAAUAUCAAAAAAACCUUUCAGCCUUAAAGGUUAAGGACCUAUUCAUUUUUGGCCCGUUGGCCUUGAGUUCAAUGUUGGCCCAUUGGCCUUGAGUUUGAUUUUGGCCCGUUGGCCUUGCUAUUCCCACAGAAAAUACAGUAGACUGACAUGGCUAACACAAAGCAUAAUUUUCUUUUUAGUGCACAGGAUUUGGGCAGGAAAAGAUGAUGGGCGUAUGGAGACGGUCAUUGGUCCGUACAAAUUGUAUGACACGUCAUUUAGGACGCUGCAAGGCACACAGUGGGUGUUGGAUGAGCAGAAACCUGUAUACCACAUGGAUGCUGUGGUUGGAACUUCAUUAUUUUCAGGGAGGUUCCAUUGCCUCAGUAAGGUAAUGUGUUUUAAGGUUAGUGAGUGAUGAGUAAAUUAUAAAUUAAACUUAAGUGACUCUGUCAAAAUAACUUGCUGCAACACGUCCCUACAGUGGAAAUUUCCAGUUCAUAACUUAUGGUUCAUAACUUCUCUGCACACUGGAUUCUUGUGAUUGUCCACAUCCCCACAACAACCCUGGUCCUCAUGGACCCCAUCGGAAAUGAGGACUACUACGCCAGACAAAUUCUCUGCAACUGGAGGAACUUCCUCAGAAUGAGGCAGUGGGCUGCUAAGUCAUGGCAGGUAAAAACUGUGGACCAUCACAAACAACAGGACUCAAGCAGCUGUGGAGUUUUGGUGAUGAAGGAGCAGCGCGAGCGUGACAUCGCUGAAGAAUCAAACAGCAGAAAGCUGAGCAUGCUGCUGCCUCUCUUCAAAUCCGUCUGGGACUCGCGGAAUGGACUUAUCCUCUUCUGCAGCCCGCUCCUCCUCCUGCCCCUGCCCCUGCUCAUCGGAACCACGAAAGCUGACUGUGCCUAUGUUAUUGCACUGAUGGCAGUGUACUGGUGUACCGAGGUGCUGCCUUUGGCCAUUACUGCUCUCUUACCGGCUGUCCUCUUCCCACUGUUUGGCAUCAUGGACUCUAAAAGUGUUUGCAUGCAGUACCUGAAGGACACAAACAUGCUGUUUUUAGGAGGCCUGAUGGUCGCCGUCGCUGUUGAGCAUUGGAAUUUGCACAAACGUAUCGCACUGCGAGUUCUGCUCUUCAUCGGAGUCCGGCCCGCCCUGCUGAUGUUAGGUUUUAUGGGCGUGACGGCGUUCCUCUCCAUGUGGAUCAGUAACACUGCCACGACAGCCAUGAUGGUGCCCAUAGCGGAGGCAGUGCUGAAGCAGCUCAACAAGACAGCAGGAGAAGAAGCUGGAGCUCCUUCAGAACGUGACGACAAACAGACUGAUGUGGCCAUAAAUGGCUUCAGUGUUUCUACCGAGAACGCAGAGGAACAGUCUCAGGAAUCCAAGGAGAUGCUGAAAAUGUGUAAGGGUAUGAUGCUGUGUGUGUGUUACUCUGCGAGCAUUGGUGGAACCGCCACACUGACAGGAACCGGCCCCAAUCUGGUCCUCACCGGACAAAUGAGCCAGCUCUUCCCAGACAAUCCAGAUGUUAUCAACUUUGCCUCGUGGUUUGGAUUUGCCUUCCCGAACAUGAUUAUUAUGCUCUUGGCAGCCUGGCUGUGGUUGCAGCUUGUGUUCCUGGGCUUCAAUCUCAGAAAAACAUGGAGCCGUGGCUCAGAGAAGACGGAGAAAGAGGUUGCUGCAUAUAAUGUGAUCCGUGAGGAGCAUCAGAGACUCGGCCCCAUGUCCUUUGGGGAAAUAAGCGUUUUAACCCUUUUCUGUCUGCUAGUGGUUCUGUGGUUCACACGUGACCCGGGCUUUGUGGAUGGCUGGGCAACACACCUUUUCAAUGCUGAGAAAGAGUACGUGACAGAUGCCACAGUAGCAGUGUUUGUAGCCUGUCUUUUCUUUGUGCUUCCUGCGAAACCCCCCUUCCUCAAUUUUUUACCCCAGUCGGACAGUGAACCCCAAACGGCUUUGCUGACCUGGCAGGUGGUUCAGAAGAAGAUGCCAUGGAGCAUAAUACUGCUGCUUGGAGGAGGUUUUGCCCUGGCGAAAGGAAGUGAGGUUUCAGGUUUAUCCAGAUGGCUUGGGGAACAGAUGGCUCCACUCCAGACCAUUCCUCCAUGGGCUGUUGCUAUUAUCUUGUGCCUGAUGAUAGCAACCUUCACAGAAUGCACCAGCAACGUUGCCACGGCCACCCUGUUUCUCCCGAUCCUGGCCUCUAUGUCCCAGUCCAUAGGCAUAAACCCGCUUUAUAUCAUGAUUCCCUGCACCCUCAGUACCUCCUUUGCCUUCAUGCUUCCAGUGGCGACUCCUCCGAAUGCCAUCGUUUUCUCUUUUGGUUAUCUGAAAGUGUCAGACAUGGCCAAAACAGGGAUCGUCAUGAACAUCAUUGGAGUCCUGUCCGUCACUCUGGCGAUCAACAGUUGGGGAAGACCCUUGUUCAGUUUAGACUCAUUUCCCAGUUGGGCUAACAGCACAACAGUAUGAAGGAACAAACUCCAUCAGGCAUGCUCAACAUAUCACACACGUCAUCCUUAGCUUCUUCGAUGAUACUUUGUGCUGAGAAGAUGAAUGAGGGUGACGCUGUUAUCUCAGCAGUGACGGG